UAUAGAAAUAAAUUAGACUAAUCAUACUGACUCAUCGUCUCAUUCUCUCUCUCACAGAUACUGACAGUUUUAUUCUUGCUUGUACUACAAGAAGCCAUAGCCUAUCAGCAUCGCCGAUUCUCUGAUACUGCAAUUACUGCAUUUCCUUUUUCUUCUUAUCUAGGUAGCACGAAUAUGAACUCGGGGAAACGGGACAUUUGGACACUGACACGGCAAACGGUGUUAUUUUAAGAUUUCUUGUGUAAAAAUGAAGUUCCGUAUCUGAAGUCAAGUGUACGAAACGUUUCCGAAACGGGACAUGGUGUUAAGCAUAUGUGAAAAUGGAAGCAAGUAGUUCAAAUGUUAUUGCUGAUUGCGAUAUGGACAAUGAUUUAGUCGAGCUGCGUGAAAUUUUUGGUUCUCAGUUUACUCUCAAGGAUAUUGCCUCUGUUUAUUUUCAGUCUAGGCAAGACAAAAAUUCGGCUGCUGAAACUCUGUGUAGUCUGCAUGGAAGUACAUCUAAUGACAUUACUGCCGAUAUGUUAGCUGCUGAAAAUGCAGCAGGAGUGAAAUUAACUUCUGGAUUGGAUAGUAUGAAGCUAUUAUCUUCAGACUUUCCAUGUGGUAAUCUUCCUGAUGAUGCUUCUUUUGAUGGAGAGAAAAAGUUUAGAGAGCUAAAAUCUAAGAAAUGUUCUGCAUCAAUGGGUUCGGUUUCAUGUGUAAUUGGCAAAGAGUAUUCUAAAACUAGGCCUUUCAAGAAUAAUGUUCUUGAAGGGAAGAAACCAGUGAAAUUAUUUUCUGAGGAUAUACCAGUUUCUGAGCUCUGGAGUGAGGAAAAUGCAUCAGCUACGACAAUGAGAAAUGGCCCUACAAAAACUGAUGUUGAAGAGUUUCUUUUUAAAAUGCUUGGAGAGGGCUUUCAACUUGGCAUGCCUGUGAUUCGAGAAGUUCUUGGCUUUUGUGGGUAUGACAUGCAAAAGAGUAUUGACAAGCUCUUGGAUUUAUCAGAUGCAUCAUCCGGCAAGUGUGGGGGCAGAGCUGCUGAGAAUUCCACAGGAAAAUGUUCAGACCAUGAAUAUGUUUCACUUCAAGAACAGAUGCAAAAGCAAGAUUCUGCUAAAAGUGCUGGAGCUGGAUUGAGACAGACAAAAUUAACAGGUUCAUCGAAAUCCAAAAACGAUAGAAUUAAUCGUGAGAAGGAAGUUCUACAGGCACUCUUUGAUGUUCCAGAUAGAACUGAGGAAGCACCAAAAAGAACACGCCUAGUUAGGGCAGUAAAGAAACCAAAAGCAUUCAGUAAACUCGUUUUUGAACCUCCUGUGGAUCCUCCGAGGGAGGAAAAGCCUUCUUCUGCCAAAUUAGAGGCACUUACUAUUGAAGCAGAUGAUGAUGAUAACAGCUAUGAUGUCUUACGAACAGCUGUCAAGGAAUAUUGGAUUACAAUGAAAGAGUACUACAAAGCUGCUGUUGAUGCUUAUAUCAAGGGUGAUCAUGCAAGGGCUAAUGUACUCCUAGAGCAGGGACAAUUUUUUAAUAAAAAGGCCCGAGAGUCGGAUGAUAAAUCUUGCCAGAAACUUGUUGAAACCAGUGAUGCUGAAGUAAUGUAUCUUAAGCUGCACGGUAGUCAACCGAAGGAAGCUUUAAGUCUUUUGAGGCUUCAUUUAAGCUCUAUUUCUGGUAUCCCAUCUAUUAAGUACCUAAGAGUCAUAAUGGAGAGCGAUGAUGAAGAUAGUAGCACAGUGGCACGGAGGAGAAGACUGAUCCUGAAGCAACUGGAGAAGGAAUCAAUCAAAUGGAAUAAUGAAAGUGACGGUAAAGCAAUAAUAAUUCAAGUUGAUGAGAUUGAUCCGAAGCGGUUGAGUUUUGUGAAGAAGCAAGAACCAGGCGAUGGACCUAAAGCUGGUAGUGUGGGAUACUAUUUCUAGCUGUUUACGGGAGAAAUGCAUUUCUAAAUUCUCAAGCAGAAGUUAUUCAGUUCAAAGAAAUUACAAUUGAGCAGCAUCUAUCUGCAUAAUCCGAGCUCGAGUUAUAAGAUUUUGUGAAACAUAUAAUUUGUUUAAGCCGAGUGAGAUGGCAUGGCUCUCUAGCCUAGAGACCAAUCCCAAUUAUUCAACCAUUUUAUUUCGUAAGUAGCAUUCACUUCUUUUUUGCUUAUUGAUUCAAUACAGUACAAUUUCCUGA